AUGGAUCAACAACAACAAGAAACACAACAAGAACAACAGAUUACGAUGGGGCAGCGAUCAUCCCCCGUACAGUCGACUCAGACGCAACCUGAGCAACAACAACAACAACAACAACAACAGCAGCCGCAACAGCAGCAGCAAGACACAGUCAUGGGCAACACUGAGCCCAGUCCUGUUGGAUCCGACGUGCCCCAUCCUACAGAAGGAACCUCACCGAAUUCUACAUCUCCUACAAAGGUCCCGACGAAACCUCACGGAAACUCUGAAAAACCUGGAGUGAACCGUGUCCGCCUGACGCAAGCUUGCAACACCUGUCGCGACCGCAAAAUCAAAUGCAGUGGUGACGAGCCUUGUCGACAUUGCUUGAAGGUCGGGACUGAGUGUGUUUAUGAGAAGGUGAGAGGCAAGAGAGGUCCGAAGAAGGGAAGUCUCGUCGGGAGGGUGCGCAAUAAGGACAAGACCAGUCCAGGAGCAACAGCAGUGCCUGGAAGUGGAAGCGAUACUGGACAGAACCACAAACAAAAUCGAAACUCGACUUCGGCUCCGAGGAGUGAUAGUGCGAGUAUGAGGAGUGCAAGUGAUCAAGAAACUAGCCCGGUCUCUGCGCAAAGCACGUUGGCGCAUGCGCAUGAAGUUCCGCCUGUGCGUGGACAUAAUCGUUCGCAUUCGAUAUCUGCAUCGGCACAGCAGCAAGCGCCUCCCCCUAUGCAGACGCCAAACUCACAGAAACCGAAGGUGUCUGGGAAGGUCAACUUGCCGGUCAUGGAUAUUCCCAAGGCCGCAGUGUUGCACUUGAUCGGGCUCUUCUUCACACAUGUCAACAAUCACCAGUACGAGCUUCUGCACAAGGAGUGGUUCCUUGAGGAACUGAGAAAGGAGCGCGUUUCCGCUGGGUUGUUGUAUGCAAUGUGCGCCGUCGCCGCCAAGUACUCUCGUCACCCAAGUUUGAAGGCUGAUCCGCUUUAUAUUGCUGGUGAGCGUUUCGCGACGCUCGCGAGGACGUUUUUGAGACAGCAUGUAGAUGGUGGUGCGAUGCAGCCGCGCUUGAGUACGGUUCAGACGCUGACGAUCUUGGCGGUGUAUGAGUACGACAAUGCGCGUGGUGCGAAGGCUUGGAUGGAUAUCGGCAAUGCGAUCCGAAUUGCGCAGAUUCUGGGGUAUGAUAGGUUACAUGAACCUGUUGCUGGCGCGGGCUCGAGUAAGAGCUUUACGUUUAGAGAGGUAAGGAGGAGGACGUUGUGGACGCUUUACAUCAUGGAGAGGCUGCAUAUCACUGGAUCGCCUAGUCUGCUGCCUGUCUUGGGUGUUGCAGGCGAGGAUUUGACGAUUCAGUUACCAGUCAAAUCUGAGUUGGCGUUGAGCGAAAGCCCGAAGGAGACUGAGACGCUCUGUGGUGCGGCGAUUGUUGGGGAGGAGGCGACGCUUGUGCCGAAUAUGGGUGCAUUUGCGUAUCUGGUCAAGAUCUCGACGAUUUGGGGUAAAGCUGUAAAGUAUGUGCAGAAGCAGGGGCGUGGUUUGAGGGAGAGGGAGAGUUCACCUGAACUUGACUCGCCGGAUCAUUUGCCCAUGUGGCAUCCUCGGUCGUCGUUCACGACGCUUACUUUGGAGUUGCAGGCGUGGAGCGCGAAUUUGCCGGAGCAUCUUGCAUUUUCGCCGAAUACACUUGCUGCGCAUAUCGGGACUGGUGAGGCGGGGUUGUUUGUUCUCAUGCAUGUCAUGUAUCAUCAGACGAUCUGCUAUUUGCACCGUACGAUGAUGCCUUCGGCUAGUCCAUCCGUCAAGUUGGCUGGUGUGCCGAAGCAGUUCCUGAGGGCGUCGAGGCAGAAGGCGACGUUGCAUGCGAAUGCUGUGUCGAGUGUUAUGAACUCUGUUAUGCAGCGUAAGGGGCUUAUUGUUUUGAGUUCUUUUGCUGGGUACAGUAUGUUCAACGCCUCGACAAUCUUGAUUCACAAUGCUACGUCGAGCAUUCAGGAGACGGCAAACCUUGCUAAGGCGAAUUUCCAGACGAACUUGAGGGUGAUGACUGUUAUGAAGGAUUACUUCAAGCCUGUCGGGUCCCUUUGUGAUUCGAUUUCGUGGAUGUAUGAGGUGCAGACGAGUAUGUUUGGAUCGCAUCACGUAGGUCAGAAGAGGAAGAGUAUCGAUGAGAACGAGCAACAUUCGUCGGAUGAUCCCGACAGUCCCGUCACUGGUCAUGCUCUUACUGCGGAGGCAGCUGCCGCGGCUAGUGCCAAUGCUCAGCCGAACAAGUUCUUUGAGCGGUACUUCAGAAAGCAGGAGCCGAUGUAUGCGCCGUUGUCUAUUGAUGACGAGAGGGAGGAUGAUGACAUCCAGAUUCAUGGACAUGAUUCGAACAAUUUCCCGAGUGCUCGGCCUUCGAUCUCGGCAUUACCUCCCCAUAUGUCGAGCUUCCCUCCUUCGAGGUCAGAGUUCGAUGUGCUCAAUCCUUACCUUCAGGAUAUGAUGCACGUUAACCGUGAGCUCGAGGAGCUGGGACGCUCGCCAUCGGUGAUCAACCACUCUGGUAUGGCUACGCCGCAAUUUGAUCCGAUGGGAUUCCAGUCACCGACUGGUAUGGGUCCGCUGUCUGGUACCUUCCCUCAUCAACCGGCGGAUCCGUCGUACUUCUCGGCACAGCCGCAGGCGUCGUUCCAUGGUGACAACCAGUUUGCACCGUCCUUCGCUACGACGCCACAGGUACCGCAGUUCCAGGGUAAUCAGCCUGCGCUGACGCCAAUGCCUGAUGUGAACUUCGGUAUGCAGCAUCAGCAGCCCACGCCGUUUGACGUAACUGGUGGGUUUACGACUGCUCCUGUUUCGCCGACGACGGCUGCUGCUCAGGCAGGGCAUCUAUACGGAUCGCUUGAUGAUUCUAUGAGGACCGGUAUGAUGGGACUCGCUGGGUCUGAAGAGCCUGUGAGGUCCUUCCAGCAGGAGUACGAGGAUCACUCAUAUCUUGGGACAAUGGCGCCCACUGAUUUUGCUUCUCUAUCGUAUGUUUACGCGAAGCAUUAGAGCGAAGUGACAAUUAUGCAUUACAGAGUAAAAGGGAGAGGGAAGUCUGGUUUCAACAAUCCAGACUUUAGGAGGCGGGGAUAUUGGGGCUUUUUGGUACUGUUAUUGGCGCAUGGGAUUGUUGAUAAGUUCAACCUUGGAUUUUUG